UACUAACAUAACCAUGCCGAAUGAGACACGGCUGGCCAUGGCGGACCUGGAGGCGCGCCUGCAGAGCCGGAUAGUCAGACUGGCAGGGCUGAAGCGCAGCAUGGCCGACCUCAUCGGGGCUGAGGAGGGGGGCAGCUUCAACGAACUACAGAAAAAGAACGCCGAGCUGCGCCGUGAGCUUACGGAACACCGCGGCCACAUCGCGGUCCUGAACCAGCGCGUGGACGACCUGACCUUCUCCGAGACCUUCCUCCCCAAGAGCGACCUUGUGCACACAUACGACCUUGACCAUGACGAAGAAGACGACCGCUCCUCUCUCUCCAACAGCCCGGCAACGUCCCUACUCAGCCUCAACCUACAGAAUCUGGACUUGAACAGAACAACGUCGUCUCUAAACUUCCCAGACACAUCAAAGCCAUCCACAGCUGACAACUACGAUACACACAAACCACUGUCGUCACUCACUAAUGGCACUCAAACCAGCAAGGAAUCUACAGAAGACGUCAUCACCACCAAACCCAAGAGGAAGAAGUCAAGAAAGCCUGUGGACAACCCUCUGAAGAUCGUGGAGUCAGACGACUCGGAUAAAUACGAGUGGGACUUUGAGAAAGCGAUGGAGGACGAUGCGGAAGAUGCGGAUGAAGAGGAGAAGAUUCCGGUCAUCCCGCAUCCACGCUGGGACGAGUUUGAUGUAGAUGACGGUGGGAGCAUCGCAGCGGAGAAGAAGCACAAGAGGAGUGAGCUGUACAUUGAUGUGAGCAGCUCCUGCGAUGGAUCCCACUCUGACAAGUCUGAUGAAGUCGACUGA